ACUUCCCGCCGCGGUCUCUUCUCGCGGUAACGUUAGUAUACUGUUAGCUCGCUAGCUAACCCCAUCGUUUCCAGGUUUCGUGUCGACCUGAAAAAAAAAGCAAACGAAGAGAGACACAGAGAGGCUACGCAGCUGAAUACUUUUUAAAUCACGGCUGCAUAGAGGAGCGGGACAAUGCCACACAACUUCCAGCCCGGAGACCUGGUCUUCGCUAAAAUGAAGGGGUACCCCCACUGGCCAGCCAGGAUUGAAGAUGUGGCUGAUGGGGCAGUGAAACCACCUCCUAAUAAAAUCCCAAUCUUCUUCUUUGGGACACAUGAAACAGCAUUCCUUGCGCCAAAGGACCUUUUUGCCUAUGAAAAGUACAGCGAACGCUAUGGAAAGCCCAACAAAAGAAAGGGAUUCAAUGAAGGUUUAUGGGAGAUCCAGAACAAUCCACAUGCCUCCUACAGCGCCCCGCCUGUACCAGCCAGCUCUUCUGACAGCGAGGGCAACAAUGCCGGAGGAGGAAGUGAUGAAGAUGACGACGAGGAAGAAGUCCCGGUGCCUCAUAAACCAGACUUUGGAAGUGAGGUCGAAUCAGAUUCUGGGAGUGAAGACCAAGGAAGAGGAGGAGGAGGAGGAGGAGGAGGUGGUGGAGGAGGUGGUCCUGGAGUGAAGCGAAAGCCACCACCUGUUAAGCGGCCUCCCCCUCCCAAAAAGGCUCGAGGCUCGUCCAGCGACCGGGAUGUAGAGGAGAGCGGAUCCCCCUCUGAAUCAGAACCCACACCUUCAGAGUCUGACUCCGGCAAGAACAGUGACCAGGAUUUUACCCCAGAGAAGAAAUCUGGUGGACGAGGUGGAAAGAAAGCAGGAGGCAGAGGGAAGAAAAAGAAGGCAUCUUCUGACUCGGAGUCAAACUCUGGAUCAGGGUCGGAUAAGAAAGUGGUGGACAGCGACUCGGAGGACGAGAAGCCCCGGCCAGCUCUGUCCGGCUCUGAAUCCCAGUCUGGCUCAAAGUCUGAAUCGGACUCAGAUCCACCUCCCCGGAAGGGCCCACAGGCACGCAAGAAAGAAAAGCCUGCACCAAAGCCUCGUGCACGGAAACCCAAACCCGCCCCCGCAAAACGAGCACCUUCAUCGUCCUCUGACAGUGACAGUGACAGCGAAACCGACCGCAUCAGUGAAUGGAAGAAACGAGACGAGGAACGCAGACGAGAGCUGGAGGAGCGCCGGAAAAAGGAGGAGGCAGAGGAGCUCCGCAAGCUACGUGAGAGAGAGAAGGAGGAAGACGAGAAAAAGAAGAAAGACAAAGACAAGGGUAAAAAAGGGAGCGACAGUGAGAGCAGCAGCAGCUCGGACGAAGGUGUAGAUGAUCACCCACUGAAGAAGUCCAAGAAACCUCCUCCACCGCCAAUUCCCGCCCCCUCUGACUCUGAUUCCCCACCGCCGUCUGAUGUAAAGAAAUCAAAGAAGCCCGACAACCAGAAGAAGGCAAGAAUAAAGAAAGAGAAGGAGAAAAAAGAAAGAAAGGAGAAAGAGCUAAAAGAGAAGAAAGCCAGACGGUCAGAGGAGAAGUCCAGAGCGAGGUCCAAGCCUGAAAAACCCAAACGCAAACCAGAGAGGCCGCCAGAGAAGAAAGUUGAAAAGAAAAAGGCAGAGCCAUCACCAGAAGAAAAGCUACAAAAGCUCCACACAGAUAUAAAGUUUGCACUCAAAGUGGACAACCCAGACAUAGAGCGGUGUCUACAAGCCCUGGAAGAACUUGAGGCCGUGCCCGUCACCAGCCAGAUCCUUCAUAAGAACGCUGAAGUCAUUGCCACACUGAAAAAGAUUCGGCGGUAUAAAGCCAGCACUGCAGUCAUGGAAAAAGCUACUGAUGUCUACAACAAGUUAAAACUCCGCUUUGUGGGCAAGGGGGAGCUGCCAGCUAAACCUAAAACGGACGACAAGGAACCAGAAGAUAAUGAGGAGACACAAAACACAGACUCCACUCCAGUGAAUGGGGAUUCACAACAGAAAACAGAUGACAUGGAGGUAGAAGAAAAACCAAAAUCACCUGCCCAGGAGGAGAAUAAUGAUGAUACUGCUUCAAGUCCGAACAGACGGAGCCCAGAAAGUCCUGCUGAACAACACACUCACACAUAUGAAGAAGCAGACAACGCCAUCUCUGCAGAGAUGGAACCGCCGGCUGUAGAAAGCUGAAAGACCCUUAACAACCACUGCAGUGGACCAAGUGCUAAAGAUGGUGGCCUCUUUGUUUGACGUCAUACAGUGCCCCUGGCCCAACAACAUUGCAACACACACCCAGCAUUUCCUACACUAUCUGUUACGUCAAUGUUGAUGUUUUGGACAUUUUGUACUAUAAUGAUCUCAAACCAGAAGGCCCCUGUUGCUCAAACCGUUUGGUCCAUUAUUUAUCACAACAAAAAGGAAAGCUUAUUAGUGUGAUAGUUUGUGGCGCCGUACGAGCCCCCCCUCCUUUUGUUUUCUGAAAUGUACUUUUCCUUUUAUACGACACUCGGCCCGUCCUGGAUCCUCACCCUGUACCCCCUGUUCCUGGCUGCUUUGUUCUUUCUACCACAUGAACUCUUACUUUGGUCUUUCAUACCGUAUGUAUAUUCAAUGAUUACACUUUUAGCACUUCUAACCGGAAUAUAGGCUGGGGUAGUAUGAGAUGUAACUUUGAUGAUCCUUGUGGGGAAAUGGAGCCAUGACGUUAAUUUUUUCGCUAAUUUUUGUGCAACCCGUGCUUGCGUCUGUUGGCUUCAUUUUUUUAUAAAGCCUACAAAACAUCACAAAGGCCUUUUGUCUGUGUGUAUGGCAUUGUGAGAGUGGUAAAGUACUAUUUGUGAGUCUUUUAUGUUAAGUAUUUUUUUAAUUAUCUGGUCUUGAUCCAGUUAAUCCAGUCUGAAAUGUAAAGCCAUUAAUUGAAUCACUUCAAACUGUUUUCCAACAGAGGUCCACUGACUUUUUAUAGCCUUGUUUGCAAAUAUUUGCAUCUAGAGUUUUGUCUAAAUUAAUAAUUGCUGUGGAGUUAAAACACCUUGCACUCUCGUCUACCCAUAGUGUCCGCUUUCAGUAACUUGCAUAAUAAAUGGAAUAACUGUACAGAUUGAAAACUGCCCUUAAAAGCUAUUGAGAUCUCAUGUAGCUGCAGCCUAUUUUGCCAUUUUCCUGUCAUAUGCAUACAACAGGUGUUUUUAGUGCUAUGUAAAUUGGUAAAGCAUUUCUAUCACUAAGUUGAGACUUGAAUAAAAAUCUCAGCAUGG